AUGCCACUAGGCGGCUCUGUCACAUAUGGCUCCGAGUCAACGGACGGCAAUGGCUAUAGGAAAAUUCUCCAAGAUAUUCUUACGUCGGAUGGCUACAUUGUGGACAUGGUCGGGUCUCGCAAAUCUGGUUCGAUGACGAACAACGAGAAUGAAGGUUGGCGGGGAUUUAGAAUCGAACAAGUUACCAACAAGGCCAAAAAAUCAGUUCUUAGGUUUCUGCCAAACCUCUUCACUGUCAACGUUGGCUCAAAUGAUUGCGUGCAGGACUUUGAAAUCGAAACUGCUGGCAAGCGAAUGAGUGACAUGCUCGAAUACCUCUGGAUGACGUCUUCUGGCUCAAGAGUUGUCCUUUCUACUCUCCUUCGAAACUUGGACGGAAAGAUUGAAUCAAGAGUCCUACGCAUCAACAAGCAAUUCCAGGAAAUGGCAAAAGUGAAAGCAGCUGAAGGAAGAAAAAUCAUUGUCGUGGACAUGCAUGGUCCCGAUGGGCCUCAUAUCAGUGAUCUGGCAGAUGGCACACACCCUAACGAUGUGGGCUAUGCGAAGAUGGCAUCGAUUUGGCACAGAGGUAUUCAUGAAGCUAUACAUAAAGAUUUGAUCGAGGAGCCACUAGGAUCAUAUGGGCUCCAGGGAUAUUGCAUAUGA